AAUUUUGAAUUGUUGUAUUGUAAAUAUUAGAUACAUUAAUUUGUACCUGGUAAAUUAUGAUCAUUGGGAUUUGUAAGUUUAAAAUUCGUUCUUGUUAUACCUGACUGCAGAAGUUUAAUCAAAAACUUACCUACUACUUGAAAUUGGAUGACGGUAAGGAAUAAGAGCUAGAAUAAUUAUGAGUAAGUAUUCAAGUGAUUCAAACUCGCGUGACAGAACUAGAAGUUAUAGUCGUUAUUAUAACCAAAGGCACAGAUCUUCCAGCUCUUCAUCAACAGACAGUUCAAGAUAUUCCAGAAAAAAACAUUCAAGCAGAUCUGGAUCAAGACAUCAUAAGAAAUCAAAGCGUAGACACAGAUCCAAUAGUUCAUCAGAAUAUUCAUCGUCAAGACACAAACAUUCUAGCCGUUCCUACCAUAAAGAUGAAAGUCGUUUGAAAAGAAAACAUCAUAGAAAAAGUUCAUCUUCUAGUUAUGAUUCAAAUAACUCCAAUUCUUCAAUUAAAGAUCACCAAUCUAGCUCCAAAACACUCAAUGAUAACGAAAGAACUAAAAGGGUACAUCCUAAUUCAUUGUCUACCUACCAAGAUGAUUUGUUAAUUGUAAAAUCUGAAUCUGUUAACAAAAAAGAUGAUGACGCAAAUUGGCUUCAAAACAAUGUUUUGGAUAUUAUGAAAAGAGAAAAUUCAAUUGAACAGAUCAAUCAAGAAGGAUUUGUGUUUAAAGUUUUUAAUCCGUCAUCUGAACAAAAAUAUGAAGAAACUAAAGAUAAAACCCAAUUUGAUGUUUCAAACAURAAUGAAGAAGACAUUGAUACUUUGCCAACAGAAGAAUCAACAUUUUUUAUAUGCAAUCCAGAGAGAUUAUUGAAUGCUAGGUACAAAUUACUUACAAAGCAAGAGCGGUGUAUAAACUGGGCAAAACAAUUAUUUGAAUCUUAUUAUCAGUCUGAGCGUAAUGGUGGAGAAUUCGCAGAAUAAUGUAACUGAAAGUUAUUUUUUCAAUUUUAAACUCAUACACGCACAUUAUGUAAUUUCAAAUCAAAUAUUAGAAGACUUUGAUUUGCAAUACUAUUAUURAACUAUUUUUUAAUGUUAAUUUUUUUAUUACUUAAAAGAUCCAAAGAUAUUGUAUUGAGAAAUUAUAUUUUUGCUAAGAUUCAAAUAUGUUUUAAGAAUAAUUAAAUAAACAUUAAAUUUUAUAUUGUUCAUACUUUAUAAGCUCAUUACUACAUUGUUCCAUCAGUGACAGUGUGUAUAAAUAUAAAUGUAUGAAUUUAUUAAUAAAUGUAAUCAAUUAUAAACAGGGAAAUAAAAAUCAUCUUCUUUUGAGGUAAUAGAUCAUUUUUUAUAUAACAAUUAAAUAGAUUAAGCAAUAACUUUACUGUAAUUAAAAUUUGUUUUAGUAGAAAAUAAUUUAAGCCUAUAUUAUGGCUUAUAUUAUUUGACAUGUUUAACUAAACUGUCAAUAUUUUUCUUACGUUAAACAUUAUUUCAAUGUGACAAAUUGAACUGGUUAAAAUUAGCACCUUUCUGUAUGUAURUAGUUUCAUAUUAGUAGAAAAUUUGUAUAAUGUACAGGGUGUAUCUAAUAUAGUUGUGCAUGUUGUUUUUAAUAAUUUUGAAUCAAUAAUAUAGAAUUUGAGUUUAAAAAUAAUAAUUGUUACUUUAUUUUAUAUCGUUUUUUUGAUUUUUUGAAGCUCUGUUUGUACCAACAACAAAAUCUAUUUUAAUUUAACGACCGUAUAUUGUACUAAUGCUUUUUUUCUGAAAGACGCUUAUCAACACUGUUAAAUGAUCAAUUUUUUGACUUCUCAGUCUUAAUUACAAUCUCUAAAGUUAAGUAAAUUCAUUAAUAGUCUUGAUUUUAAUAAUUAUAAUACAUUUAGUUUAAUAGACCUGAAUAUU